AUGCCGGCAAUUACACGUGUGGCCGUGAUCGGGGCAGGAGCAGCCGGCAUAUGUGCGUCGCGAUUCCUAGCUGCCAGACGUGACAUCUUUGACCAUGUCGUCUACGAGUUGUCAGAAAGCAUCGGUGGAACCUGGGUCUACACCGACAGGACGGGGAAAGACGAGCAUGGCUACAACAUUCACUCAAGCAUGUACAAGUACCUGCGCACCAACUUCCCAAAGGAACUGAUGGCUUAUCCCGAUACGCCCUUCACUGCUGACCUUCCGUCCUUCGUCAGUCACUGGGAUGUUAAUGCCUACCUUGACGACUACGUACAGAAAUAUAACGUGAUGGAUCAUGUUCAGUUUUCUACUGCCGUUACAAAGGUUGUCCCUAUGGGAAACACUGCGAAUGCGACAUGGGAGGUAACAGUGCGCCACCUACAGACGGAUGUGGAGGAGAUACACGUUUACGAUGCCGUGUUCGUCUGCAACGGACACUUUUCUGUGCCACGGAUGCCGGACCUCCCUGGUACAGACACCUUCACUGGCAAAAUCCUCCACAGUCACUCUUACCGGGAGCCAAGUGUCUUCGAAGGCCAGACGGUGGUGUGCCUUGGUGCUGGUCCUUCCGGGACCGACAUCGGACUGGAGGUCGCCACUGUAGCGAGUCACGUUGUGCUCAGUCACAUGCAAACCCACACAGAGCAGCCGGGCAUAUGUGCGUCGCGAUUCCUAGCUGCCAGACGUGACAUCUUUGACCAUGUCGUCUACGAGUUGUCAGAAAGCAUCGGUGGAACCUGGGUCUACACCGACAGGACGGGGAAAGACGAGCAUGGCUACAUUCACUCAAGCAUGUACAAGUACCUGUGCACCAACUUCCCAAAGGAACUGAUGGCUUAUCCCGAUACGCCCUUCAGUGCUGACCUUCCGUCCUUUGUCAGUCACUGGGAUGUUAAGGCCUACCUUGACGACUACGUACAGAAAUAUAACGUGAUGGAUCAUGUUCAGUUUUCUACUACUGCGAAUGCGACAUGGGAGGUAACAGUGCGCCACCUACAGACGGAUGUGGAGGAGAUACACGUUUACGAUGCCGUGUUCGUCUGCAACGGACACUUUUCUGUGCCACGGAUGCCGGACCUCCCUGGUACAGACACCUUCACUGGCAAAAUCCUCCACAGUCACUCUUACCGGGAGCAAGUGUUCAAAGGCCAGACGGUGGUGUGCCUUGGUGCUGGUCCUUCCGGGACCGACAUCGGACUGGAGGUCGCCACUGUAGCGAGUCACGUUGUGCUCAGUCACAACAAGACACCAUUCGUCUGUCCGUUGCCUGACAACCUCGAGCAGUUGCCGGGGAUUGAGCGGCUAGAGGCGACACCGUUGUGUUUAUCGGUGGGGGCACGACGGCGUGCUGAUGUCGUGCUCUUCUGCACUGGCUACGAGUACACCUACCCAUUCCUCUCCUCAGCGUGCGGGGUCGUCGUUGAGGAGAAGUCGCGCGUAGCGCCCAUGUUCAAACACUUCGUCAACUCACAUUAUCCGUCCAUGUUUCUCAUUGGCUUGCCCCAACAAGUACCCCCACUUGUCAUAUUCCACUACCAGGUGCUGUUUGCACUUGCCGUGCUCGAGGGAACGGUGACCCUGCCCACAAUGGAUCAGAUGCUAGCUGAGGAAGAGGCUGAGCUGCAGAAGAGAUUCUCGAUGGGUUGGAAGAACUCACAUGCCCACAGGAUGGGUGGCGAUCUCCUCGAAGAAUACUUGGCUGAUUUAGUUAAGCUCACUGCAAUUAAGCCAUUUCCUUCAGUAAAAUUUGCUCUCCACAGAUUCAAUUCGAAAUUCAGAAGUGCACAUUUAAUGACCUUCAAGAAGGCUAAUUAUGAAUUAAUUGACGACGAAAACUUUAAAUGUAAAGAGCCUUAAUGUACUUGUAUAUAUGUAUCGAUUAAUGGAACUAGUCGUAUCUAUCGUGCCAUUGCAAGGUUAUAACUGUUCGUUAGUUUGUUUGACGUUGUGAUGUGUGAGUAACAUUUUAAAAUACUAUUCUCUCAUGUGAUAUUUAAAUUAUGAAGGACUACUGACAUUUAUUGAGACAAACACUGUGUUGGCUUUAAUGUUGUAGCUGAAUUAUCAAUAAAGAUAUAAGAACUAACUCGGC